UUUCAUUCUCAAAAGCACCAGGAGCUCUUAUUUCAUCCUUUCCCCAGCCUGCAGAGAAGUAUUUAACAUAAAAGGUGCAGGAGGUGGAAGAGACCGUCGAGGGGAUGCUGCUCCGGCUGGAGGAGUUCUGCAGGCUGACGGACAUGAUCAGGAGUGACACCUCACAGAUCUUGGCGGAGGACAUCCCACUCCUGAAGGUCAAGGUGUCAGAGAUGAGUGGCAUCUACGCCAGAGUGGACCAGCUUGAGGCCUUCGUCAAGAUGGUGGGCAACCACGUCUCCUUCCUGGAAGCCCACGUGCUGCAGGCUGAGCGGGACCACGCAACCAUCCCUGGGGCACUGUGGUGGUGGCUGGCCUCCUCGGGGCUGCCCACCUUCAGGACCUCACCCCAGUCUCCACCAGGAAUGCCUGUGGAUCCUUCAGAGCUCAUGUGCAUGCCACCUCCUGUGAGAAGCCUUCUGGGAUUACCUCCUCCGAAGAUGAACAUUAUCUGUCUUCCAGCCACAAUGAAGUUAUAAGCUGCCCCCACCAUACGAGCUGCCGGUGCUGUACAGGACAGAGGACUAUUUUCCUGUGGACAAAAGAGGGGCACGGUGUCACGCCCCAUAGUGGCCUGGGAGCUGCAGCUUCUCCCCGCAGAUACAUCCGAGGGUGGACCUGCACAUGCGGGGCAGCUUGCUCAGGCUUUCCUCCUUGUUGGGACAUUGGUGCCCCCCACCUGAACCUGCAGUCAUCUCAAUAAAGCGG